AACAGAGACCAGACCACAGAGUCCAGAUCAAAGAAGACUCGGAGGGUUUUAAAGUCAGGUCCUGGUUCAGGUCUCAGUGAGUCCAGGUCUCUUUAACCAUGACCUUCAUCAGUCUGUCCAGCAGGGGGCAGCAUGAGUCCAGUCUGACAGGAAACGAGUCCUGAUCUGGGUCCUGCAUGUGGUCAUCUGGGUCAGAACCAGAAUUUUCCGUCCGUCAGAUGCUGACCUCACAUCUCUGAGGGAAACAUCUGAGGUCAAAGGUCAAAGCAGAGAAACUGUUCAAUGAUUCAAACUGAAUCAGCUGAAAACAAAUGCUUUGAUUUGAAGUGAAAAAUAUUUUCAAAAGUAAAAAAGGAAGAAGAAAAAGUCAAAGAGCUGAAGAAACCUGUUGAUGUGGAUCAAGACCCUCAGACAGUGUCCAGGUCAAAGGUCAGAUCCUCAGGUCUGAAGGUUCAAUCUGGUUUCAACAGUUUAAAACUUUGUUUAUACCAGAGACAAACAGGAAAUAAAGAACAUGAAGGAAACAGAUGGUGAAGAAGAAGCAGCUCUGUCCUGUCACUUUAAACUCUGCAGCUGCAAAGAAUCAUGGGACAUCAUCCUGUCCUGUGGUAAAGAAGCUCCAGUGUCUCCUCUGCUGAAGGAGACCUGGACCAGGUCUGGGACCAGAUCUGUUCAGAUCCAGAUCCAGGAGCAGCUGAGGUCAGGUCAUGUGACCUUCACACCUGCAGGUUUACUCCUGAUGUUCAGGUGAUAUGACCUCUGACCCCUCUGCGUCCUGUCCUGCAGUCAGCUGCUGCAGCCUGACAGACUGAACUGAGGGCUGAAGAAACUUCUAUACAUGCGUCAGCACUGACGUCAUCGGGGGGGGGGCUGAUGUCACAGCAGAACUCCAGCUCCCAUGAUGCCCCGCGCCGCCUUAGCUGCUGCUGCUGCUGCUGAGAGUCGGAGCUUCAGAGGAGCUGUUUACCGAGAACUGCGGACCUGAAGGAGGACAGCGCGAGGACACACGGAGACACAGACAGCACAGAGUCCAGAGUCCAGAGACCUGGUACCAGGUCUCUGUUCCUGUCCAGACUUUGAGUGACGGGGGUCAAAGGUCACUGCUCCAUGUGGUCUGAUAGAAGAUGAGAGAACAUGACUUUGGACGGAGCGAGCCGGGGUCAGAGGUCCCACUGCACCAGGAUGUCCAGGGUGCGUUGGGUGUGUGUGAAGACAGAUCAGCUGGUUGCCAUGGUAAAGAGCUGGAGGAGGGCGGCGCUAAAGAGGAACAGCCGAGCAAAGCAGGUAGAGAGAACGACAGGUGUGAUCACCCCGUCGACAGCGCAGGUCUCUUCUCCUUCAUGACGUUUCAUUGGCUGACUCCUCUGGCCGUGCACGCCCACAGGAAAGGACAACUUCUAUUGGACGACAUCUGGCCUGUGUCACACAGGGAGGGUUGCCAUGACAACAGCCUGAGGUUGGCGUCCCUGUGGGAGAAGGAGCAGAGGUCAAAGGGCAGCGAGGCGUCUCUGUGCUCGGUGGUCUGGUUUUUCUGUCGGACUCGUCUCCUCCUCUCCAUCCUCUGUUUGACUGUCACACAGCUUGCUGGAUUCAGUGGACCGGCCUUCGUGGUGAAGCGUCUCCUGGAGUACACCCAGCAGGAGCAGUCAGACCUGGGCUACGGUCUGCUGCUGGUGCUGGGUCUCCUCACCACUGAGCUGAUCCGGUCCUGGUCUCUGGCUCUGACCUGGGCCCUGAACUACAGGACCGGGUCCAGACUGAGGGGAGCCAUCCUCAGUCUGGCCUUCGACAAGAUCCUCCGCCUCCGCAGCGUUAGGGACAAGUCCAUGGGCCAGCUGGUGAACAUGUGCUCCAGUGACGGUCAGAGGAUGUUCGAGGCUGCAGCAGUGGGCAGUCUGUUAGCAGGGGGCCCCCUGGUGGCUGUCCUUGGCGUCGCCUACAACCUCCUCAUCCUGGGGCCGACGUCUCUGCUGGGAUCAGCUGUGUUCAUCCUGUUCUACCCGACCAUGAUGUUCAGCUCCAGACUGACGGCGUACUUCAGGAGGAAGGGCGUGGCUGUGACCGACAGACGAGUCCAGAAGAUGAACGAGAUCCUCAGCUACAUCAAGUUCAUCAAGAUGUACGCCUGGGUCAAAGCCUUCUCAGCAGGACGUAUCCGUGAGGAGGAGCGUAGGAUCCUUGAGCUCACAGGUUACUUCCAGAGCAUCACGGUGGGCGUGGCUCCCAUCGUCGUCGUCAUCGCCAGCGUGGCAACAUUCUCCACCCACAUGUUGCUAGGAUACGACCUGACAGCUGCUCAGGCCUUCACUGUGGUGACGGUGUUUAACGCCAUGACCUUUGCCCUGAAGGUCACGCCAUUCUCUGUCAAGUCUCUGUCUGAAGCUUCAGUGGCCAUGGAGAGAUUCAAGAGUCUUUUCCUGCUGCCGGAGGUCGACAGCGUCCGAGCAUUACCUGCCGAUCCUCAGGUUGCCGUGGAGAUGUGUGAUGUCAGUCUGGCAUGGGAGGGGGGCGGACAGAGCACUCAGCCCAGUCCAUGUGUGCAGACCGCCUCCAGACUCCGACACAGGUGCAGAGACAGAACAGCUGUCUCUGCACAGCAGGAGGACGAGGACGAGGAGCAGGAGGAGGUGACGGGCUCCCUGCUGAGAGGAGGAGGAGGAGCCUCAAGCCCAGAGGAAGAGGAGGGGGAGGAGGGAGAGGAGGAGACCUGUCCUCCCCUCCUGUCUGCCUCUCCUGCCCCUCCUCGUCUUCAGAGCACCCUGCACUGCAUCAACCUGAGCGUCCGACAGGGGAAGCUGCUCGGUGUCUGUGGAAGUGUCGGCAGCGGGAAAACCUCCCUGAUCUCCGCCAUCUUAGGACAGAUGACCGUAUUGGAGGGCAGUCUGGCUGUCAGAGGACGGCUGGCCUACGUGGCUCAGCAGGCCUGGAUCCUGAAUGCAACGCUGAGAGACAACAUCCUGUUUGGACUGGAGUACCAGGAGGACAGGUAUCAGUCUGUGCUGAGCGCCUGCUGUCUCCGCCCGGACCUCGCUCUGCUGCCCAACGCCGACCUCACAGAGAUCGGGGAACGUGGAGCCAACCUGAGUGGAGGGCAGCGCCAGCGAAUCAGUCUGGCCCGCGCCCUUUACAGCGACCGGGACGUUUACAUCCUGGACGACCCGCUCAGCGCCCUCGAUGCCCACGUGGCCAACCACGUCUUCCACAGCGCCAUCAAGAGGCAGCUCCACCACAAGACCGUCGUGUUCGUCACCCACCAGCUGCAGUACCUGGUGGACUGUGAUGACGUCAUCCUGAUGAGGGAGGGGAGUAUAGUGGAGCAGGGUAACCAUGACAACCUGAUGAAACUGAACGGAGACUAUGCCGCCAUGUUCAACCACUUCCAGCUGGGAGACGCUCCGUACAUAGAGGCUCCCAGCAGGAAAAGCGGUGGUUCUCAGAGGAAACCCGCCGACAGUAAACCAGGAUCAGUGAAGAAGAACGCUCAGGUCAUCAAGGACAACAGGGAAGAACAGCAGUGCGGGGGCGUGGCCUGGCCUGUGUUUCAACUCUACAUGGCGGCGUGUGGUGGCUCCGCCUCCUGCCUGCUGAUCCUGGUCCUGUUCGUUUUCAACGUGGGGAGCUCCGCCUUCUGUCAGUGGUGGCUCAGCUACUGGAUCAACCAGGGCAGCGGGAACACCACGGUAACCCAAGGAAACAGCUCAGCGGUGAGCGUCAGCAUGAAGGACAAUCCCUUGAUGCAACACUACGCUGCCGUCUAUGCCUCCUCCAUGGGAGUCAUGCUGCUCUUCAAACUCAUCAGAGGCAUCGCCUUCGUCAAGGGAACUUUGCAAGCCUCCUCCAAGCUGCAUGACGAACUCUUCCACAAGAUCCUCCGCUGCCCCAUGAAGUUCUUUGAUAUGACGCCCACAGGACGAAUCCUCAACCGCUUCUCCAAGGACAUGGAUGAAGUCGACACCCGCCUGCCCUUCCAGGCGGAGAUGUUCAUCCAGAACGUGAUCCUGGUCUUCUUCUGUCUGGGCGUCAUCAGCUGUGUUUUCCCAUGGUUCCUGGUGGCUGUGGGUCCUCUGGUUUUACUGUUUGCAGCACUUCACAGCGUUUCCAGGGUCUUCAUUCGGGAGCUGAAGCGUCUGGACAACAUGACAAUGUCGCCCUUCAUGUCCCACAUCACCUCCAGCAUCCAGGGCCUGGCCACGCUUCAGGCCUAUGGCAGGGGCCAGGACUUCCUCAACAGGUACCAGGUUCUGCUGGACCAGAACCAGGCCCCUUUCUACCUGUUCAGCUGUGCGAUGCGAUGGCUGGCGGUUCGUCUUGACGUCAUCAGUGUGGCUCUGAUCAGCAUCACGGCCCUGAUGAUGGUCCUGAUGCACGGACAGAUUCCUCCUGCCUACGCUGGCCUUGCCAUAUCCUACGCCGUACAGUUAACAGGGUUGUUCCAGUUCACCGUCCGUUUGGCCUCUGAGACUGAAGCUCGCUUCACCUCUGUGGAGAGGAUCCAUCACUACAUCCAGUCCCUGUCCCAGGAGGCCCCGGCCCGGGUCAAAGGUCGGGCCCCUCCCGCCAACUGGCCUCAACAAGGUGAGCUGGUGUUCAGGGAGGUGGAGAUGAGGUACCAGGAGAACUUCCCCCUGGUCCUGAACAGGAUCUCCUGCACCAUCAGGCCCAAAGAGAAGGUUGGCAUCGUGGGCAGAACCGGAUCAGGGAAGUCGUCUCUGGGGGUGGUCCUGUUCCGGCUGGUGGAGCGCUGUGGUGGCUCCAUCCUCAUCGACGGCAUCGACAUCAGUGACAUCGGACUGGCCGACCUCCGCAGCAAGUUGUCAAUCAUCCCACAGGACCCGGUCCUGUUCAGUGGGACACUCAGGUUUAAUCUGGAUCCCUUUGACCAGUACACUGAGGAGCAGAUCUGGGACGCUCUGGAGAGGAGUCACAUGAAGGAAUGUGUGUCCCAGCUGCCCCUGAAGCUGGAGUCGGAGGUGGUGGAAAACGGAGAAAACUUCUCUGUGGGAGAGAGACAGCUGCUGUGUGUCGCCAGGGCUCUGCUGAGGCAGUGCAAGGUCCUGAUCCUGGACGAGGCCACAGCAGCCAUGGACGCUGAGACGGACACUCUGAUUCAGGAGACCAUCAGGAGCUCAUUUCAGGACUGCACCACCCUGACCAUCGCCCACCGCCUCCACACUGUCCUCGCCUCCGACCGCAUCAUGGUGCUCAACCAGGGACAGGUGGUGGAGUUCGACGAGCCAUCCAGGCUGCUAGCCAAUGAGAACUCUCGGCUGUGCUCGAUGCUGGCUGCUGUGGAAAACAAGAUCUCUGUCCGAGGAUGAGGAGGAGGAGGAAGGCCUGAGGUGGGGGUCUGUAUACAUGGUGAUGAAGAACAUGUAGAGAAGCUGAAGGAUGUGAUGGUGCUGUUCCUGUUCCUGUACUGUAAGAAAAAACUGAUCUCAGACCUGUCGAAGGUUCAGACGCUGAUCUGACGUCUGUUUAAUCUUCUCACUUAUUGUUGCUUUUUGGCAACAUGACAACGUUUUUCUGUUUGAUGAUGUUUGGUCUGUUUUUAUGAAGCAGCUCUGUGGUUAUUAUUUUAAUGAGUGACUGUGGUGACAUGGCAGCCUGUGAUUGGAUGGUUGGGUGGUUAAAGGACCAUUCCAACAUCAUUUCCUUCCUUUAAAAAAAAGAAAACAAUUACUUUUCCUCUUUUUAAUGUUUAAAUGUUUCUAAUGAAGCCACAGCCUGUCUCCUGCUGAUGAUGGUCAGAUAUUAUUCAUAUGAUUUAAAAGAGCCUGAUGAUGUUUAACAAUAAAGAACAUAAUGUUUUAAAGGAACAUUCCAUGUAUUUAACACAGUGUUUAUCAGAUUAUUGGUUUUAAUGUGUCAAAAAGUCAAUAAUAAGAAAAGAACAGAACAGAAAUCAUCUCCUCCAGUGUUGAACUUUAAAAACAAACAGAGUAGAACCAGGUUUGUAGGACAUGAGGGGGGGGGCUGAAUUUCCGAGUUCCCAGUCAGAAGUUUGAACCUGAACACCCCCUGAAGUCGGAUUUCCGAACUCAGAAAGUCGGAGCAACUUCACCAACCCUGACAUAAGAAUUCAAGAUGGCUGCUCCUCGGUGCUUCUGCUCCUGUUCUCCUCCUCUGUUCUGAUUCACACAACAAAGACCUCCUGUGAGCGUCCAUGUUUUUCUGAUUACUCACCAGGAACGUGAUCGGCUCACAGGAGACGUCACUCCCAGUUCAGGCCUCUGAUGUAACUUGAACGCACCAUCAGGUCCUGUUUACACAACAACAGUUUUUGUGUAGAGGAGUAAUCCUUUGUUGUGGUUUGGCCUGAAAACGUGAACUUUUGAAAUCUGGUUCCAGAGCGCAAUCUUUUGAAAACGCUGUCCUUACCGUCGCAGUGGAAACUGCCGAUAUGAAAGCUGUGAUGACACUGCCCCAGAAGUGGUGGAGUAUCGCGUUACAUCACCACCUACUGGUCAGACAUGGUACUGCACAUCAAUGUGUUCAAAGGUCACAAAGGAAAAACUUUGUUGUUGUGUGAAUAGGACCCAACUGAUGACUGAGUUUACCUGAACUUUAGUGUCCAGGUUCUGCAGACCUGGAUCUGGAAACACUUGAUCCAGGUGUCUGAUCUAUGACUGUCACUGAUAAACAGAGUGAGAGGAAAGUCAGAUCCUGAUGGAGGAAACAAGAUGGUGUUGCUCAGAUGACAAAGGUGGAACUGGUUCCUGGUUUUUCAUUAAUAAACUUUACUCCUCUCUGAAGGUUCAGGUGUCUCACCUGUCUCCUCCUCAACUGGUUUAAUGUGAAUCUGUUUGAAGGUGUAUUUUGUGUUUUUCUCUCUUUGAUCUGAGUGUGUUUCCUCUGAUCAGACGGUCUGUCCUGGUCCUGGUUUGUGUCUCAGCUGAUGGACUCUGAAGAUGUCACCAUGACUACCAAAAUAAAAGCCUGGUUAUGAACAAAGGCCAAACUCUCACAUCUGAUCAAACAGCCUUAUAGCUUGACUUUAUAUCUGCCUUGUUAGCCUGAGGGGGGGAUCUGAGAUACUGUCAAUAAAACUAUUUUAAGAUGAAACAUUUGUGGAACUUCCUGCUGUUUCUGUCAAGAUCAAUAAAGUUUAUACACCUGA